AUGAAUCAUGUGGAGACGAACCUACCUGCUCUUACUGCUCAUCCGUGUUUACUUCGCCCUGUCGCCAAGCUACAUCCACCCCAUGAGCAUUUCCAGGGUCCAGAGGUCUUUGCAGGCCGCGUCCUAGCAUAUCCCUCGCAGUUACCAUGGGAAUUCACCAGUUCCCUCCCCAUCCGCAGCGUCUUCCCGCUAUGGCCCAUUUACGAGGUGCCCAUGAGCCUACUCAAAUGGUUCUACUCGGAGAUCGGAUCGGGGAGCCCUCCGCCACAGUUGGUCUAUUAUGCGCUGCGCGCCGGAAUGUUCCUGCUCAGUUUUGUGCUGGAAGACUGGGCGAUCUAUGAGUUGGUACCUUCGCCGCGUCACCGGCGCGCGACGGUCGUGCUGGUUGCCUCAUCAUAUGUCACCUGGACAUAUCAGACGCACACCUUCUCCAACUCCCUCGAGACUCUGUUGGUAGCCUGGGGGCUGGUUCUGAUUCGGCGCAUCGUCGAGAAUAAGCAACGCUCCUCCUACUUCUCCUACGCCGUCUUCUCCUUCAUCGCGGUGGUCGGUGUCUUCAACCGUAUCACUUUCCCAGCUUUCCUCCUAUUCCCAGGUCUCCAAUUACUGCCAUACUUCCAACGCAAGCCCGCAUCACUAGCAGCAAUUAUCGGCUUCGGACUCCUCUUCUCCUUGACAGCAAUCUACAUAGACACAAGCUUCUACCGACCCACCGCAUCCAUCCUCUCCAUCAUCCGCGACCCCAUAAUAACACCACUAAACAACAUCCUCUACAACACCGACAAGAGCAACCUCGCAAUCCAUGGCCUCCACCCACACCACCAACACUUCCUCGCAAACUUAACCCAGCUCCUUGGCCCAGCAUACAUAGUCAUGAUCCUCUCCCUCUUCAGCCGACCAAUCGUCCCCUUCGCAAUGCGAAACGCCCGCGCUCUCUCAGCCGUCAGCGCAACAUUCAUCCUCUCAAUCUUCCCUCACCAAGAGCCACGCUUCCUCCUCCCCUGCGUACCUUUACUCCUAAGCUGCGUGCGCAUGCACCGCAACCGCCUAUUCCCUCGCAACAUGGAUUAUCUUCAACGCAGCCAUGGGCUUUCUAAUGGGUGUUUACCACCAAGGCGGAAUCGUUCCGGCCCAGGUAUUAAAUCUGCGCCCGAUGCUACGGUCUUUUGGUGGAAAACUUACUCCCCGCCGCUGUGGCUUCUGGGCGCGGAGGAAGAAGAAAUACAUGCAAAUGCGGAUGCAAGCUCAUACGCAAGCGCAGAUACAGCGCUAAACAAAACAAUCUCAAUCUCAACAUUCGACUUAAUGGGCAUCCCAGGGUCCGAAAUGAUAACCCGUCUCGACUCAUCAGUCCCAUCGUGUGGAUCUUCUUCCCCGGUUUAUCUGGUUGCGCCUAUAUCAGCCACAUUCCUCGACAGCUACAUCCCAGACUCGACCGAAACCGAACGGGCCGCGAAUCUCCAACUCUACCGCCUCUGGUCAUACCGUCAACACCUUAAUCUUGACGAUAUGGAUUUCGGUGAGGACGGGGUUAAAGAUACGCUUGCGAGGAUUGUUGGGAGGAGGGGGUUGGGUGUUUGGUCUGUUAGAAGGAGGUGUAAAUAA